AAAAUGCUUAAAUUAGUAAAUUUGAACGAAAUUUAAUACAAUGUCUUAUGAAGAUGAACCGACCUCAUCGACAACGUUGGAAGACAGUAAUUUAGAAAAUAUCAUUAGUAAUAUUAUUAAGGAUAUACUAGAGAAAUUGCAAGAACAAGAACCGUACGAUGAGUGCAGGAAUAUAAUAAACAACAGCUUUCUCAAUGCGGAGACCGGGAACAACAGCAAAAAAGAACUAAAAUCGAUAGAACAAAGCUACUUGCAAUCGUUUAUCAAGAGGACCAAGUUGUUCCGAUCAGUGAGUACUCUAUCGCUGCCGCAUAGACAAACAUUCGUGUACUUAACGAGAGCAACAUCGAGGCACUACAUCGUCCACAGGUACGAGCACACGAGGCAUUCUAUGAUAGGACCCAACUUAUCCAGGACGGGCUUCAUUAACCGAAUUCUCAUCGACACGGUCGUACAAUUGAUCGUCACGUUCGGCAUUCUGCUGACGUGUUUCUACGUGAAGCCGUUGCGAGAUUUCGUCGGGCACAAUCUGAUGGCGGUGUUCGGUUGCCUUACCAUACAACUGAUCAUGUUCAUUAUACUCCUUUGUACGGACGAGAGCAGGAAAUCGUGGCCGGGCAAUUACAUUCUGCUCGGCGUUUUUACGCUGCUCACCAGCUACCUGUUGGGAUUCAUCACGAUUAAAUACGGUUCGGAGACCAAUAUGCUCAUCAGCGCCGGCGUUGCUCUGCUGAGCGCCACCGCGGCCGUCGGGAUCUCCUGGGUGAAUUGGUGCGACGUGACCCUCUGGUACUACGUGAUAGACGUGGCGGUGCUGUCCACGCUGGUGUACUACAUCCUGGCGUCGCUGUUGUUCUGGAUAACCGGCACUCACCUGCCGCAGUACAUAUUUUACUGCGUUUUUUUCUGCGUCUUGUGCGCAUCGCUGCUCCACCAGCUGGAACUGGCGCUGGGCAGGGGGAAGUUCACGCUGGCACAGGAGGAAUCGCUUUUGGCCGUCGUUAUAAUUUUCGUUGAAAUAUGCUUUUUAUAUAUCUGUAUGUUAUUCAUUUUGAAUGGUCCGCAUUAGGGGUAAAUAAAGGUAAGUUUUAAAUAA